CAAGAAAGUGGGCACCAUUAUGUUUUGCUUCCCAGAUGCGAUGCAGGCAUAGUGGAUUGGGUCCUCGCCAUAAGCGGAUUAACGGGUCACAGACGAUGAUGGAUGUGACCCGUUGAUGAUGGUGAAUCCUACAUAAACUCGUAGGGUACAGCGUCCCCCAACCCUCAUCAAAAGCAUCUGCAGCAUCCACAUAUCUUAAUAGCAGCAUACAUAAGCACAUACAGGCAUGCACAUCAAAUCCGCCCUGGGCAGCCUAGCGCUCAUGUCAGCGCUGACGGUUCAGACCGCCCUCACAGCUGAUGUGUCAGCAAAUAGAACUAGCCCGCAUCUGUUCCCGACCUUCCACCUACGCCCCGCGCAACACUGGAUCAAUGAUCCGUGUGGGCCGUACUACGAUCCGGCGACAAAGGAGUAUCAUUUGUUUUAUCAGUAUAACCCUUACGAUGUGGAAUGGGGAAAUAUUACAUGGGGUCAUUUCUCCUCAAACGAUCUCUCCACCUGGACCGACCGCGGCGUUGCCCUGACCCCGGGUCCCAGCGCCUUCGAUGCGCUCCACGUCUUCUCCGGCUCCGCCGUCGCCAACGGCUACAAGGGCUACCCGACCAUCUACUACACCGGUGUCAACUACGGCCCUAUCAGCUGGAAGAUCCCUUUCACGCGCGGCGCCGAGACGCAAGCAAUAGCGUACACGACCGACCACGGCGCGACAUGGACGAAAGUCGCAUCGACGCCACUGUUGAGCGGCGCCGACGCACCGAAGGGUAACCUAACGGGCUGGCGCGACCCGUUCGUGUUCAAGUCCCCGGCUAUCGAUACGGCUACGGUGAACAACCGCAGCGACACCCAUUAUAUGAUCGUCUCCGGCGGAAAGCAGGAGAAUGCCGAGCAGGAGGACGAUUUCGGCCCGUCGUUGUUCCUGUACAAGAGCGAUGACUUUGUCACCUGGAAGGACGCUGCGGCAGACCCGACCCCGUUCUUGCAUUUCGGCGCAAAUGCGACAUGGAAGGACGCACCCGCCGAGCGGGCGGGAUCGUUUGGGUACAAUUUCGAGUUGACGAAUCUCGAGUCUAUCGCCGACGACUGGGGGAACCGGUGGAACAUCAUUGUUGCGGGUACCGAAGGCGGACGAAGUAUCUUCGACCAGCAUUUCCCCAUGUGGAUCGCGGGAGAUAUUACCGGCAGCCCCACGAAUGGAACCAUGGUGCCCAAGUUCGAGCCAACGUUGGCGGGCGUGGGCGACUGGGGGAUCUACUACGCGCAGAACGGGUUCAUCGACCCCGUAUCCGGCAAAUGGAUCGUGUGGGGCUGGUCGAACGAGGAUGAUGGGCCGGCGCCGCAUGUGGAUCGCCAGCAGCGGGGUUGGGCAGGGAUCCUGAGUGUGCCGCGGGAGCAGUUUGUUAAGACUGUUGGUGGGCUUGAUGAGAGGACGGCCAAGGAGAUUGACAACGGGUCGGGCAUCUGGAGGGCGCAGCAGAAUCCAAAGAACGCAAGUGACUGGAGGGUCGCUACAUUGGGCGUUCGACCCGCAGAAGCAUUCUCCACCCUUCGAGCAGACACCCUCAUCGACAUCAAACCGUCCAGCCCCCUCACAAACGGAGCCCUCCUCACAAACGGCAGAACACCCAUCACAGCCACUGUGGCCGAUGUUACCCUCCGCUUCCCCACACCUCCCACCGGCACCCAAAAAGCCGGCCUCACCAUCCUCCGCUCCCCUGACAGCACCGAACAGACCCACAUCUACUACGACGCGUCCACCCGCCAGAUCAUCGCCGACCGGUCCAACUCAUCCACCCUCGCCAACGCAGGCAAGACGGUCAUGGCCGGCGCGCUGGAUCUCCUCCCCGGUGAGCCGCUGGAUAUGCGGAUCCUGGUGGAUGGAUCGAUUGUGGAGGUUUUUGUGAAUGAGCGAUUCGCGAUGACCGUGCGUGUGUACCCCACGAGUGCUGAAUCGGCGACGAUGGCGUGGUAUAGCGUAGGAGCGGCGCCGGCGGCGGAGGUGACGGUUGUGGGUGUCAAGUCGGCGUUUAGGGAUGUGUCGGCGCCGGCGCCUGUAGUCAGCAGCGCGGGGGCGACGGGGAGGAAUGGAGGGUCGGUUGGGGUUGUUGCGCGGUUUGUUGCUAGCUUCUUUGUCUGAGCUUCCAUCAGCCGAUUUGUCGGUUUGUAAUUUGUAGAUAGUUUACCUAGAUUUUGCAUGUAGGUGUUUUUGAUUUCCCAUAUCCUUCUUGUCCGUGACUACAUCAUUGGAACUUUGAU